AUGGCUCCACCAUAUCUUCUCUGGGUCAACUCACGACCGGUACUGGUGGACGAGAAACAGUGGGAAAAAUGGUAUAUCGAAGAACAUGUCCCGGACUUGGUGAACAGCAAGACCGCCGUGCGCGCAGCCAUGUUUCGCGAGAGUUUCGACUUCACCCUUGCACCAAAAGAGACGAGCCCGCGCAAGUACUUGGUCUUGUACCAAUCAGAAUUUGAAGAGCCGCUGAGUUCCAAAGAGUACUUGGAAGGCGUGCGACACUCCAGUGUGAUGUGGCCUGACAAUAAGCCGACACAGGAGGUGGGAGAUUUCAACGCGAGGAACUAUAAGCUGAUCCAGGAGUACGACCCCGACGGAAAGGGGAACACGGCCCCUCCGUUCUGCGUGACCGUCGAGAUGGACCCCAUCGACGAACCCGACUUUGACAAGUGGUACCGCGAAGAGCAUCUCGACAUGCUGCACAAGUUACCUGGGUAUCGACGAUCGACCAGGUAUGUCAUUGGCCCGAAGCUGCCGAUCACCAAAGGCGAACCUCCAAAAUAUCUGGCCGUCCAUGAGACGGAUGAUUUGCGAGGAUUCAUCGGGAAGGAGGCAGAUGCUGCCAACGACACGCCUUGGACGAUAAAGCAUAUCAAGGACAGCAAGUCAUUCAUCGUGAGAGGCUGGGAGUUGAUUUAUUCGCAAGGCUUUUGA